AUGUAUGGUAAAACUAUUGGUUCACUCUAUUACAACUCCUCCUCUGUUCGAGCGGGCUGCCGAUCUGAGUCGCUUGAGCGUUUGCAUUACUUGGCGUUGCCCAGCUAUGACGUACUGGGGUUGUCUCGAGACAUAGUCUAUCAAAACCCAGAAUGCAUCGAGCUAUUGGAGCAUAUAAAGCCCCUUAGCCUGAUCGAACAGAUCCACACAGUGCAAAAGCCAUUUGGAUGGAGAGCUUCUAUAGCUGCAGCUGAUUCAAUAAGUUUACCAAUGAUGCGGACACAUCUUUUUGCGUUAUGGCUGUCUGUGGCUACAAUAGGUAUGAGAAUGCCAAAAUCCAAUGGAGUCAUGGUCGAUUACGAUGCUGAGAUGGGCGAGUUCAUGAAUGCUCUACCGAACCUCGAUGAUACCCCCUAUGGCUUAGGCCAGCGAUCAGAUAUCUCAACGGAGCCGGAAGAGGAUGAUAUAUUGGCAAGCCUGGAUGAUGAGUUUGAGGAGGCUAAGCAUUACGUCUGGAACACUUGUGACAAGGAUCUCAGCGAAUCGCGGGGAAUCGGAAAGUUUCUGGACCUACCCUUUAUAAAGAAGAUAGCAAGUAACCUAAAUCCAUUUGGCAGCAAGAAACUUCGCAUGCACUUCUAUCUCUUUAAGAGGGAGUUCCCUGAGUGUGGCAGGGAGGUGGAUUUCUCAAUCGAGCGCAAAUGGAGGCAUUGUGGCUUUAAUGCUUCUCUGCCCACACGAUUGAUGAUACACGGUUGGAUGAGCCAGUCGCGUGGCUCUUUCAAUCGGGAUGUGAAGAAUGCAUACCUAAAAAAAGGGGAGUACAAUGUGAUCGUAGUCGAUUGGAGCGCGAGCUCAGCCAACUUAAACUACUUUUCGGUGGUGAAGCUCAUAGAGACCUUUGGAGCUGAGUUGGCCCAAUUUAUAAGGAACCUCAAUCGUCAGUUUGGAGCUGACUUCGACAGCAUGUAUCUUAUUGGGCACUCACUGGGAGCUCAGAUCGCUGGUUCUGCCGGGAAACGUUUGAAACCGAUUCAAGUAAAUACAAUAUUUGCUUUGGAUCCCGCAGGUCCAAAGUUCCGUCAACGCGGAACCGAAUUUCGGAUAGAUCCUAGCGAUGCAAAGUAUGUGGAGUCCAUGCAUACGAGUGCUAACUUUGGUUUUCGCCGUCCUACAGGCAGUGCCACCUUUUAUCCAAACUAUGGAGCCUAUCAGCUUAGUUGCUACUACCUAGGUUGCUCCCAUAUUCGAUCAUAUCAGAUGUUCGCCGAGUCCAUCAAUUCGCCUUUGGGAUUCUGGGGGACCCCUUGCAUCCGAGACAAUGGAAGGUGGCAGUGCGAUCAUAGCCAGCGACAAUCCAUCCAGAUGGCGGGUGAGCCUUCGAUUCAUAAAGAAGGCGUUUUCUACGUAAAGACCUCCAGCAGUGAUCCAUUCGCCCUUGGAAAGCACUAAGGCUGUAACAGAUUAUUUUUUUAAGAGACUCGUUGCUGUACGCGCAUAUUUAAUUCACUAGACGUUUAGUAAAAAAGUAUUGUAAAAGAUUUAACAUUAUAUAAAUAACUUCUUAAGCUUACCUAAGUCUGAAACUUUAGCCGCGGUCAUUACGAAAUAAUGGUUUAGAAAAAAUGCUUGCGGUGAAUCUUUUUCAUACCCUUACCAAGGGUAUAUUGAUAUCAGUCUGAAGUUAAAAUGGAGUUAAGGAUACAUUCAUAUAAAGAAUAUAAAUAUA